GUGGAGGUCACGUCUGCGUGUCCCGCCUUCGUGUUGUGGUGUGGAUGUUAAAAGUGAUAAUUGCAAAAGAAAAAAAUCCUUUUUUAUAUGAAAGACAGAGCCAUUCAGUGCACUUAUGCUGAAGUACAGUGGCAUCUACGUUGGCGAUGAUUUGAAGAACAUAUUGAAGGUGUAAGGUUUCUAACCUAUAUCUGAUGUUGCCCUGAAUGAAACAAUAUUAUUUUGAAUGGACUUUCAAUUUGUAAAGAACUCAUUAUGACUAAGAAUCUCUGUAAUACAAAGUGAUACUGUUAAAAGUCCGCAUGCUGAGAGUACAAGACGCAGACGCAGUGCAGAUAAAGUAUAGCAGAGUUUGUAGUGCACGCACCUCCACCUGUGCCUCACAACUAGUCACUCAGGGAAGUUUAGUGCCAAUGAUAAGGAGGGUUUGAGAAUCGCUACCACGACCAUCCGGAGAGCACGAGUGGUCCCGCAACGUCACGGAGCGAGCCGCGCUUGGCACCUCCUCCAUGCGAGACCCUCAGUGCCAGCCCCUCCUGGGUGGCGGUCCACACACGCGGUCCCGAGCCAGCGUGGCGGAGAGCGAGGACAGCGACACCCACGAGCGCUGUCCUUUCCGCCAGAUCCUCAGCAUCCGGCCACCGUCCUGGAGGGCCAUGGUGCAGCACUCGGCCGCGCUGGACGGCCUGGGCGCCGUGCGGGGCCACAGGCUCAGCGACGGCCGUGGGAAAAGCGUCCGCUUCGCCGACAGCGAGUGGCGCUACUGCCUGGGCGACGGGGACACUUACCUCAACGGCUGCUACGAUGUGAACAGCAACGUAACGGACAAGACGGGUCGCGGAAGGUUUUAUCGCCGCCAUGACGGCAGGUUCAUGACGAGGAGCGAGCCGAGACUUGACAUCCCCGGCGUGUAUGGGCCCAUUCCGUACUCCAAGUCGCAGCCGGUCAGCCCGCAGGACAUCCUGAGGAACAUCCGCUACCAGGACAGGUGCUCCGGCUGGGAGAACCACGCGAACUGUCCCUUUCGGGAGAUCAUGCGCAUCCAGCCCAGUAGGGCGGCGGUGGCCAGGGACAAACUGCAGAAGAAGGCGAAGACACGGAGCACCUCGCCCAGCAUCAAGAGGCGCCACACGCUGCCUGACAUGAAGGUGACGGGCCUGAGGGCGACGUCCCAGGGUCUCAAGGACCUGGUGGUGGAGGAGACGGACCCAGUGGUGAGGAAGUGGCCGUCGCUCAGGGAGGCCCCUCUCAAGACGUGGCCGGCGGGCAGGCUGAAGGGCGUCGGCUUCGAAGACCCUCCGCCGCCGCCACCGCCGCCGCCCACCGGGAGGGCCAAGUCGCCGCUCAAGCUGACGGGGCCGCAGGAGCACGGCGUGGGAUGCAAGUACCGCCGCAUCCCCUGCCCUCUCCCUUGGUUCAUCCAGUGCAACGUCUCCGACCCCGGGCCCCUCUAUUUCAUGGUGCUGCCGGGGCUGUACGUGGGCAACUUCCGAGACAGCAAGGAUCCCGAGCAACUCAAGGCUCACCACAUCACCCACAUUCUCUCGAUCCACGACAAUGCCAGGAAAUUACCGUGCAACAGUGUUCUCAUUUCAGACUUUAAUUCCUACUUGAAACCUAUACUUAUAUUUUUCUUACCUCCCCACCCCUUGUCUUUGCCCUUGUCCUUGUCCUUGCCCUUGUCCUCACCCUUGUCCUUGCCCUUGCUCUUGCCCUACUCCUACCCUAUUUACAUUUCGUCUCUCUCUUUCUCUCCCCUGCAGGAGCGGCGUCGCCUCAAGGCCAAGUACCCGAGCAUGAAACUGGAGGAGGAGGACGAGCAGAUGGCCAAACAGCUCCUGGCCUCCUACUACCACUCCCUCAGCGUCGGCGAGAUGUGCGAGGGCAACUGUCCCGUGGGCGUGACUUGUCCGAGGGGCCUCUGCCACCCGACCAGGAGGCAUACCAACGUGCAGUGCUAUAUGACUACAGCUAUAACUUUCCCUUUGAUGUCUGACAUGUUUUUCUUCGUGAUCAUUAACCCAUUAAAAGAAGGAAACUCUUUAAGUGCAGGGCAGUUCGUUCCUGUUCAGACGGCCUUCAUCCAAGAAAUCUCCGGCUACGAGCAAAAAGAAAUAAUUAUAAUUCAGCCAUGGUAG